CAUUCAUUCACUAUUUACAAAACACACCACAUUUCUUCAAUUCUAACGUUUUUUUUAUUCUGAAGAACUUCAAUUCAGUAUCCAAUGUCUUCUCUCCACUUUGUUCUCUUCUUCUUAUUCUUCUACCAUUUCAAUAUCGUUAAUUCAUCUACAGCUUUUGUGGCACCUAUCGAUAGAGACGAAUCGACGGAACUCUACACCAUCUCGAUUUUCUUCAAAUCACCUCUUCAAUCGACCGAUUUGCUCCUCGAUCUCGGUGGUAAAUUCAGCUGGAUCGAUUGCACUCCCGGUUUAUACACAUCCAGAAGCCACCAUUACAUCCACUGCGGCACUAGUCUCUGUAAUUCUCUCCCCUCCUUUGCUUGCUCCAAUUGUUUCCGACCGUCGGGUCCUGGUUGCCACAACAACUCUUGCGGUUUAUUCCCGGAGAAUCCUGUGAUUCGAGACAGUAUUUUAGCACAGGCACUCAUCGACUCCCUUGCUUUGACCACCACCGACGGCCGUUCCACCGGUCAACUAGGUGUCGUCCCUAAUUUCGUGCUUUCUUGCUCCGAUUCCUCUUUGCUUCGGGGGUUACCUGAGCGGGUGUCCGGUUCAGCCGGUUUGGGACGGUCUAAUUUCUCGCUCCCGGCGCAGGUUAGUAACGUUUAUGAUUCACCCUAUUUGUUUGCGUUAUGCCUUCCCAGUUCGUCAAGUACAUCCUCCGGUUCAGCCUUCUUCAACACCGGUGGUCCGUACUAUUUCUCUCCCGGAAUUGACCUUUCCAGUCAUCUUGUUUACACGCCACUCAUUCUAAACCCAAUCGGAUUCACCAUAAUAACCUACUACCGCCAUCCGUCCGACGAGUACUUCAUCGGAGUCACCUCAAUCAACGUCAACGGCAACCCGGUGGAAUUCGACAGCAAGCUUUUAACAAUCAAUGAGGACGGUUUCGGUGGAACCAGAUUGAGCACCAUCACUCCUUACACUGUAUUAGAGACCUCGAUUUACAACGCGUUCAUCGAACGAUUCGUAAACGAAUCGGCCACAAUCGGUCUCACUGUAACGGAUCCGGUGAGUCCGUUUGAUGCGUGUUAUCCAGUGAGUGAAGUUUCUAGCACACGGUUAGGGCCUGCGUUUCCGACUAUCGAUUUUGUGAUGCAUAGCGAAGAUGUGUUUUGGAGGAUGUUUGGAGCGAAUUCAAUGGUGAGAGUUGCAGGUGAAGAUGAGGAUGGAGAUCUAUGGUGCUUGGGGUUUGUUGACGGCGGUGAGAAUCCGAGGAGUUCUGUGGUGAUCGGAGGGCAUCAAAUGGAGGAUAAUCUGUUGCAAUUUGAUUUGGUAUCGCAGAGAUUGGGGUUCAGUUCCUCGGUUUUGGUGCAUAAUACUGAUUGUGCUAGCUUCAACUUUACGGAUGAUCCUGGUACUUCAGGAGAUCGUGGAAAGGCGAAGGUGUGA